GCCGCUUCCCGCCGGCUUCAUUUUUUUUUAUUUCUCUCGCCGACCUCAAGCCGCAAAGGGCUCCGGGAUCGUGGCUGGCUCACCCCUGGGGCCUCCGAGCUUCUCCCGUGCCGCCCGGCGCUGCGUUAGUCUUGCCAACAGCGGCCCGCCGACUCCAGGCCACCGAGAGCGUUUUAUUGAGGAAUACUGGGACUAUCACUCAACGUAAUUUCAAGUGUCUGGCUAAAUGACUUCUGUGCCAGUGAUACCGGAGUCCUUCAGCCAUGUUCUUGCAGAAUUUGAGUCCCUCGAUCCAUUACUCUCAGCCCUACGAUUAGAUUCCAGUCGUCUAAAGUGCACAAGCAUAGCUGUAUCUCGGAAAUGGUUGGCUUUGGGCAGUUCAGGAGGAGGACUCAAUCUAAUUCAGAAAGAAGGCUGGAAGCACAGACUUUUUCUUUCACACAAGGAAGGUGCCAUUUCUCAGGUUGCCUGUUGCUUACAUGAUGAUGAUUAUGUGGCUGUGGCUACCAGUCAAGGUCUUGUGGUUGUUUGGGAAUUAAAUCAAGAGCGCCGUGGGAAACCAGAACGAAUUUAUGUUUCUUCAGAACACAAAGGCCGAAAAAUUACUGCCCUCUGUUGGGAUACAGCUAUUCUUAGAGUUUUUGUAGGUGAUCACAUGGGGAAAGUGACUGCUAUUAAACUGAAUGCAUCCAAACAAGCAAAGGCAGCUGCGGCCUUUGUGAUGUUUCCUGUUCAGAACAUAACAACUGUUGACUCCUGUGUUGUCCAGUUAGAUUAUUUGGAUGGGAGACUACUUAUAUCUUCACUUACUCGCUCCUUCUUGUGUGACACUGAGAGGGAAAAGUUCUGGAAAAUUGGAAACAAGGAAAGAGAUGGAGAAUAUGGAACUUGUUUCUUCCCCAUAAGAUGUUCUUCAGGCCAGCAACCCUUAAUAUAUUGUGCUCGUCCUGGCUCCAGGAUGUGGGAAGUAAAUUUUGAUGGGGAAGUUUUAAGUACACACCAGUUUAAGAAACUCCUUGCAACCCCACCUCUCCCUGUGAUUACAUUCAGAUCAGAACCUCAGUAUGAUCAUACAGUUGGAGCCCCCCAGUCUUUGUCUUUCCCCAAGCUCUUGCAUCUUAGUGAGCAUUGUGUGCUAACUUGGACAGAAAGAGGAAUUUAUAUUUUUAUUCCUCAGAAUGUUCAAGUUCUUCUUUGGAGUGAAGUCAAAGAUAUUCAGGAUGUGGCUGUCUGCAAGAAUGAAGUGAUCUGUUUGCACUUAAAUGGGAAAGUCUCACAUCUUUCAUUACUGUCGGUGGAGCGCUGUGUGGAACGUCUGCUAAGGAGAGGCCUGUGGAACCUGGCUGCUCGCACUUGCUGUCUUUUCCAAAAUUCUAUCAUUGCCAGCAGAGGAAGAAAAUCUUUGACGCUUGAUAAAUUGGAACAUUUGAAAUCUCAGCUGGACCUCACAACCUGUAGGGAUCUAAUUUCUCAACUCGAAGAUUUGAUGUUAAAAUUUGAACCUUUAGAUUCAGCUUGCAGCAGUAGAAGAAGCUCAAUUUCAUCACAUGAAAGUUUCAGCAUCUUGGACUCUGGAAUUUAUCGAGUCAUUAGUAGAAGAGGCAGUCAAUCCGAUGAAGACUCUUGUUCGCUUCAUAGCCAAACCCUCUCAGAAGAUGAGAGGCUAAAAGAAUUCACGUCACAUCAAGAAGAGGACCAUACUGAGCACAGUCACAACUCUCACAGAAAUGAAGACAGUGUUUCUCAUACUCCAGUGACAUGUGAGACAGAUAAGAGUGAGACUGUCCUCCCCUUCGGCAUCCCAUUAUCAUUUCGUUCUCCAUCUCCUCUUGUGUCUCUUCAGGCUGUCAAGGAAAGUGUUUCUAGCUUUGUGCGUAAGACUACUGAGAAGAUUGGCACCCUUCACGCAGGCCCUGAUCUGAAAGCACGAGCAGAAUCCAGGGGUGAUGAGCAGGCAUGUGAAGAGGCUGUGAGUGCAGCCACCGAGCGAAGAACAGAAGUUACUGAGGAAAAAAAAGAAGCAACUAGUCAACCGUUAGAAGACAAAUUCCAAGAUCUUAAAAGAGCAACAGCAGAAGCAAUGACCAAGCUACAGGACCCACUGGUUUUGUUUGAACCUCUGCCUCGGAGAAUGGUGUUGCAGAAAUGGCUUUCUGAGUUAGAAAAAGCAUUUGCUAUGAAGGACUCCUCAGAUAUUUUGGAUACUGGUAACUCAUCGUUGAAGCUGAAACAGGAUAUGCCAUUGCUUGAUGAGUCAAAACCUGGAGUUUUAGAUGAAGCUAAUGGGGAAGAAGAAAGGGACUCUUCAAGUGUUGAGGACACUGUUAUGCAAACCUCGUGUGAAUCUGAAAAAGGCAAAAGGGACCCUGGAGGCAAUGAAGAUGCUGUUCAUGAAAACACAAGUGAAUCUAAUGAUAGUGUGAGCGAGCCCGUGGUUGACCUUUUUCAAAUACGUUCUCCAUGCGUCAUAGAGAACAGUCUUCAGAAGGAACUGGCUGAAUUGACCACAUUGUGCUUGGAAUUAAACAUACUGAAGUCUGAGAUCACAAACACCAGCGGGCACAAGGACAACACUUCGCCACAGUGCUUUCCUGAACUUCUGCCUUGUCAGUUCCUAAAGAAGUACUUCUUUCUUCUCGACUUGAAAAGAGCAAAGGAGAGCAUCAAGCUUAGUUACCCCAACAGUCCUGGUGUUUGGGGCACUUUUAUUGAUGGAUUGAAAGAAAUGGCACGUUCCAAUUCUACCUAUUUGAAGUUAGAAGAAGGAGACCUCCCAACACAAAUAAAAUUAUUAGAGGACUCAGUACCUUUUGAUAGUCCUUUGUUGAUUGCUUAUGCUGCCAGAUUGUAUGAGAAGUUUGGGGAAUCUGCCCUUCGAUCCUUAAUUCAGUUUUAUCCAUCCAUUUUGCCCUCGGAUAUCAUGCAGCUUUGUCAUCAUCAUCCUGCCCAGUUUUUGGCCUAUUUAGACAGUCUGGUGAAAUCAAGGCCUGAAGAUCAGCGGCUUUCCUUCCUUGAGUCUCUUCUCCAACCAGAGUCUUUAAGAUUGGAUUGGCUGCUUCUUGCUGUUUCCCAUGAUGCUCCACCAAGCACCAGCACUAUGGAUGAUGAAGGAAACCCCAGGCCUUAUUCACAUUUGUUUUCCUGGAAUUACAGUCAGCUAAUUCUUCAUCUGGUUAAACUUCCUGCAGAUUUUGCAACCAAAGAGAAAAUGACUGAUAUCUGUAGGUCUCAUGGUUUCUGGCCUGGAUAUCUGACUCUGUGUUUGGAGCUGGAGAGAAGAAGAGAGGCCUUUGCCACCAUUGUGUAUCUGAAUGACAUGGGCCUGAUGGAAGGGGACAAAGGUUGGAUUCCAGAGACUGUGGAGGAAUGGAGGCUGCUUUUGCAUCUGGUACAGAGCAAGAGCACAGCGGCAGCCCCCCAGAAGUCACCGAAUGGGAUCUUUGGAGAUGGGCCUUCUCCCAUCAACGUGGAAAAUGUGGCACUUCUGUUAGCAAAGGCCAUGGGCCCGGAUCAGGCCUGCUCACUGCUGCAGGAGUGCAGUCUGACCCAUGCUCUGUCAGAGAAGUUUACCAGAACCUGUGCUAUCCUGAGGAUUGCUGAGAAAAGGCAGAGAGCCUUAUUACAAAGCAUGCUUGAAAAAUGUGAUCGGUUUCUCUGGUCGCAGCAGGCCUAAGUGGAAGAAGAUUCAACAGUCAUCAUUAUAUUUUGAGAGAAAAUGAACCCUGCUCCUGAACCUGCUGAAUGUUUUUGUUAUUGAAGGGCAGGGACCACCACCCUACCUCCUCUGGGGAGUACUUUUUGAGUAGCCCUAUGCCAUCUGACAGUAUUUCUCAACCAAAGAUGAGUUGUGGAAGGAAAUUCAUUGCUGAAGUGGAAUCAGAAUGUGAAGAGUCAUAGUGCCGCAGCCUGUCUCUCAACUACAGUAUCUCUUGCCCCUUUCUGGUGGAGUGGGGAAAUUCUCUCCAUUUUCUAAUGACCAUUCAGGGAGCAGAAGUUUCUCAUCCUGGUCUCAUGAAGACAAAAUAUAAUUUACAGGACUUGAUCUUUACAUGUUGUGUGAGAAUGUUGCAAAACUACUGAGAUAGGACCUGGUGUCAUGGAAUUGACACACAAAACAAGUGAAAUGGUGAAGGUUCAAAUGAGAUGAUUUAAGUCAGAUCGCUUCUUAUGAACUCAUGUUUAAUAUUUUCCCGGUAUUUUUCCUCUUCUAAUUUGAACCUCUGUACAGCUAACUUAUUCCUACCAAUGUUUUAUCUCUAAUCUUUCCUAAACAAAAUCUCCCAAAGGAAUCAUGCACUUUUUAAAUAUUAUUUUUUAAAAGCCAUAAUAAAGGAAAGCUGAA